CAGGAAGACGGAAACACGUGACACAAGCCGCUGAAGGCUCCAAAUUUGAAAGGGAGUCAUUUUGCUGUUGUGACUUUCUGCUGCUAACAUGUACCUGAUGGAAAAUAUGGUGCUCGGUGUCAGCUGAACGCCUACUCCCGAGCCCCGGCCUUUCCAAAUCUCAGGCCCCUCUGUGGAAUAGCUUGAAGCCUCUGCGGGAACAUCACUGUUUGUUUGUGCAAGCAGGAGCAGGAAAACAAUGCAUUGUACUCCUGAAUCCAAUGCCUACCAUGACAGCUGCAAAGGCCAACAGUACUGUGAGAGUUCUGACAGUGGCUACUCAGGAUUCUUUCACAGUCCACAGAGCAUCAGUGGGCUCAACUCUUGUAGUGCGUUCACCUUACUGGACUUCAGUGACACACCCAAAGAAAAUGCCAGAGUCUGUGUCACACCAGAAGAGAGGAGCAGAGAGUUGGUCCAAUGUUUGCAUAAAGAUUCCGUUAGGGUACAGCAACCUUCCACUCUGAGCUGGUGUGAAACUCCUAAAUUAUACAAGAGAGGUGUCUCAUUGCGACAGAGACUACCUAUGUGCAAUGAUCAAUCAAAAAGUGGCCACACAAUAAAAUCCCCAAGCACUGCAAAGUCCUCCACUGGGUCUGAUCAUUGGCCUAGUGUCUUCUUUGAAUCUUUUGACACCGUGCCAGUGCUUUCAAAUUCAAGCCAGUUAAACUUGGAGCAGGAACUCUCCGGUAGGAAACGUCGUCUGCUCUUUUCUCAAGUGAGAACCUCGACUCUUGAGGAUGGCACCCUCCGCUUAGGUCCCUGCAAAAGUUUGGAAAGACGUAUUUCACUUUUAGAUGAUUUCAGUGAGAGCCUUUGUGCCUCUGAUCAAUUAAAUGUAGAUGCAGAAUGCUUAGGUAAAUUCCUGCCUGCCUCAUCCAAGGAAAACACUCCAUCACCAAUUGGCAACCUGACACAUAGCCUGCAUUCCUCCUCUGAUGUCCUGUGCACACCAUUGUCCGCCCAGGGGCCUAAAUAUAUCAGGUAUCUGUGUGAAGACAGCGGCUUCGGCUCCCUCACCCUCGAUAAAUCCCAGGACUCCUCUGUCGACCACGAUGGCUCGUUCCAGGAAUUACUGCUUUCUGCGCCGAAAGGAAACGCCGAAACUCCAAAUCUGUCUGAUGCAAAACGCCGCUCACGUUUGCAACGUCAGCACAGGCUUUCCACUCUUAAGGAAGGGGGCUCACAGUCCGAUGAAGACUUGUGUGACAGGAAGCAUCAACAAAAUCAUUGCUGCAGGAUAACUUCUAAAGAUGAUGAUGUUUUUGUCAAGGCUACUCCUCGCAGAGUUCUUGCUCUUAAACAUGUCAACACUUCCUCGAAUGAACUGGCUUCUACUAGACAAGGUUGUGCCACUCCGCAAAUUCUUCUGAGAAGAACCGUAAACGAACUCGACAACGAGCCACCUUUCCAUGCCAUCUCUGUGAAUUCGGAAGUAACUCCUCUCAAGACAACUGCGGCCAAUCUGUCGUUGACACCCGCUUUGCAGAUGGUGCAUACUUUGUGCCAGCAGAGGGCCCAAAUGCUUGCCGGCCAAAGUCCAAGUCUGAAAGAGCAGCUAAGAAUCACAGCAGCUCUCGCUAAGACCCCUGUGGUGUGCAGGACAACUAUGCCACUGUCAGGGUUGAUUGGCCGGAAGAUGGGCCUGGGAAAAGUAGACAUAUUGACUGAGCUUAGGAAGAGGAACCUCAGGCACAUCCUGGCUGUCAUUCUCAGCCACCUGUCUGCUGAGUGUAUCUACAGUUGUGGCCAUGUUUGCAAAGACUGGAUUGGAAUAAUUCAGCAGGACAAACAAGCUGUCUUGAGAAGAGAGAGACACAGAAGUGAAGUAGAAGCUGCUCGAGAGAUUGGUGGCACUGUCCAUGUAGCUGACACAGAAACCAGGCUGGCUCUUUUUAAAAGGUCCGUUCUCAAGACCGUCCAGGCCCAGUCCAGAACCUCUAGCUACUCCACCCCGCAGUCCGGAAAUCGCACAUUAACUCCUUUACAAUCUAGCACUUUAUCUUUGGGAAGCAGCAGCAAACAGGACAAGUUCAUAGAGGUUGCCAAAACCCUCUUCAGUGAUGAAUGCCUCAGACACUGCCCUCGCUGUCAGCAUCCUGCAAAAUGUCAUUCUGUGAAAGGUGAAGGUGUUUGCACCAGAACUGACUGUUCUUUCAGGUUUUGCACGGCCUGCUUGUGCGCUUUUCAUGGUUCUAAAGAAUGUGGCAGCAAAACUGCAGGACGUCGCAAGAAGGACAUAUUACUUCCAGGAAGUGCCGAAAGCAAACGAAAUAUUAGGAGAUUAUGACCAGGCAACAAUGUGAUAUUCUAGCUGCCACGCAGGUUAUUUUAUAAAUAUAUUUUUGAUACAUUACAUAGUUCAGGCUUCUUGUAGACCUUACAUGAAUGCCUCUUCUGUACUGGUCAAUGUCUGUGUGUAAGUGUAACUUUUUUCUAUCCAAAUCUUGUUUUUAUUCAUGGAUGUGAUAAAGUCUCGCCAUCAGAUGACUAUCUCGUAGUUCAGAGGUUGAUUUACUUUUACAUAUCUAUUGUUAAUGUGUUUUGAUGAUAUUUUCAGACAAGUUUUAAAUAAAUUUGACUUUUUUAUA